ACGUUUCUGAAUAUUUAUUCGAGCUUGCUGCUUUCAUGACCGUUUCCAAUUGAGUCUUGCGUUUUUCGACGUUGUCGUCCGAUAUAGCAUUGUGCAUUGUCGUAGAAUUGUAAUCAUAAUUCCUAAUAUGGCCAGCGAGAAAAAAUCGACGAAAGCGUCGUCGAAGAAAGAGAAAUCCGCUGAGGAGAUACUGUCAGAGUUUCAAACGCUUCGAAAUGAGCAGAGAAUGUUGGCGAAUAAAUUAUCUGAAAUGGAAAUGGAAUUGAACGAGCACAAAAUUGUUAUUGAUACAUUAAAAAAUGUCGAUCCUAAAAGGAAAUGCUAUAGAAUGAUCGGUGGAGUUUUAUGCGAACGUACAGUAGAAGAUGUCAUGCCUGCUCUGGUGACAAAUAAAGAACAGUUGAUGAAGGUGAUAGAUGCUUUAAAUGAGCAGGUAACGAAGAAAGGAAUUGAGAUAAAUGAAUACAAGGAAAAGCACAAUAUCAGAAUCAGAGGACAAGAUGAUUUGCAGCAACAAGAAGAGGAUAAUAACAAUAAGGAAGCCAAGAGAAAGGCAAUUGUUGUGAAUCCAAUUGAAGUUUAAGUGUAAUAAUCAUUUGCGAUAUUUAGAUAUUAAGACACUUCACAAUAUAUACAUA